AGCAGCAGUAGUAGUAGUAGUGAUGAAGAAGACCGUCCUGUGACAAAAAAAGUGACUUUCUGUCCAAACCCACCCCGUGUGUAUGAAUAUGAACCCGAAUUUGAUGCUAUGCCAAGCAAAUAUAAAAGCCGCUUAUUGGACGAAGGAUGGCCUGGAAGAGCCAAAUUGGCUGAAUCAUCAGAUGGUUUUAUGGAUUUCAAAUCGAAAAUAGAAGCAAGACUAAGUGCUGUCAAUGACCCUUCUCUUGUAUCACAACUACAAACAGACUCUAAUUUCCGUCAAUCCACUGAUAGUUCUCGUUGGCUUAAAACCCUUUCUAGCAUAAAGAGAAAUAGUAUUUUAUCCAAAUCUAAAUAAUUUUUAUCUUGUAAAUAUAGACAUGUAUACCUUUUAAUAAACAAUUAUUUUAAUCAACUCUAAAA